CACACCAGCCGCGGUUGCCCGGCGGCGGCGCCCGUUCAGAAUGUCGAGCGCGCGGGGGGGCGGGGGAGCAGCCCCUCCCUCCGGCGGACGCGAGGCGGCGGCAGCGGCGGCGGCAGCUGCUGCUGCGGAAGGGAAGGAGGCGGCGCCUGUGUCGGCGCUGGAGGUUGUGUCCUUCCUGGGGAAACUGCUGUGCGCAGUCGCGGCACUGAAGGCGGCUCUCUACCUGCUCCGCAGAGUCUGUCUAGCUAUGGCCUGGAAGUCAGGAGGCGCCAGUCACUCCGAGCUCAUCCACAACCUCCGCAAAAAUGGAAUAAUCAAGUCAGAUAAAGUAUUUGAAGUAAUGCUUGCAACAGACCGCUGCCAUUAUGCAAAAUGCAACCCAUAUAUGGAUUCUCCUCAAUCAAUAGGAUUUCAAGCAACAAUCAGUGCUCCACACAUGCAUGCAUAUGCUCUAGAACUCCUAUAUGAACAAUUACAUGAAGGAGCCAAAGCCCUUGAUGUAGGAUCUGGAAGUGGAAUUCUUUCUGCAUGCUUUGCACGAAUGGUUGGUCCCAAAGGACAAGUUGUAGGAAUUGAUCAUAUCAAAGAGUUGGUAGAUGACUCAAUAAAUAAUGUUAAAAAGGACGAUCCCCUAUUGUUAUCUUCAGGAAGAGUGAAACUGAUUGUGGGAGAUGGAAGGUUGGGAUAUUCUGAAGAAGCUCCAUAUGAUGCUAUUCAUGUAGGAGCUGCUGCACCAGUUGUUCCCCAAGCACUUAUAGAUCAAUUAAAGCCUGGUGGAAGGUUAAUAUUACCUGUUGGACCCGCUGGGGGAAACCAGAUGCUGGAACAGUACGAUAAGCUAGAAGAUGGCAGUGUCAAAAUGAAGCCUCUGAUGGGAGUGAUAUAUGUGCCUUUAACAGAUAAGGAGAAGCAGUGGUCCAGAAACAUCAGAGCAACUGGAAGAAGAUUCAGUUUACAAAAAUGUCAGCUAGCACUCCCGAGAUACAAGCUAACAGCUAGUGCAGUGAAGAAAAUGCAGAGUGAGUAAGCUGGGAUGAAAUGUAAAAGCUACGUCAUCUGACCCAAACAUAGUGUUAACAGUGGACUGCUCAUCUCCAAUUCUUAAAAGCUUUUCAAAACCAACAGCAUUGCAGCUUGUUUUGGACUUUGUUACACUGUUAUCAGCAUGGAAAAGUGUGGUGUUUUUUAUUUUGUAGAAGUUAAUGCAAGUUUGAUAAUGAACUGAUGGAAAGUUUAAAUUUGGGCAAAUGUUUCUUUUCAACAUGCCCUUAUUUUCACCUGUUUAAAGAAGUGAAAUAUGUCUGCAGAAAGCCAGACAGACCUGCAAUUUGUUAUCUUCUUUAUUUAGGAUUGGGAAAUGUUCUGAACACUUCUUUCAGCUCCAGUGUUCGUCCAUCAAACCGCUUAUCUGCACUUUCUGACACUACAUGCACACUAUAUGGUUCCUGUGUUCAGCUGUCUUCUAGAUGCUACUAAAAUGAGAUGAAGUUCUUCAAAGCUUUCAGCGUGGUGUCAUAGACUAGCAUGUAGUAUAUACAAUCAGCUGCUUUCUUCCCUUUAAAAAUCAGAUAUCGUGUAUAUAAACUUCAAGACAUCAGAAGUGACAGCUCUUGUUGAAUACACUGCUGUUCAAGAUGGACAUAACUGACAUAGUUUUCUUCCUUUUACUUGUAGAAUAACUUAGAGGUUUAUAGUAGAGUAUUGUUUGCAAAUUUGAUGUACCUGAAUUUAAAACUGUAUAACAAAUACUGUGUAAGCUAUGUCCUAAUCAUUGAACAGUUUAUGCAAUGCUGCUUUGCCAAAUAAAAUUCAAAACAAAAAGGGUUUGCAAGUGCUAUUUUUAAUGGGAAAGUGUCUGGGUAGUUGACCCAUUUGCUAAACAUUAGAAAAGACUUUUACCAACAGCUAAUUUUCAGAAGUGUGAAAGUUCUCAUGUGAUCCUUAUGUUGUUUUUGAAACACAUGUUCACUUUCUCCUGUUGUACCUGCAAGGAGACGCUUGCUUUUUUUAAAAAAGCAACAUGCCUUGAGUGCUUAUUGUAACAGAAGGGUGUGGUUUUGUGUGCAGCUGUUGCUACCUAUCAGUUAGUGUACAUAAUCCCUGAUGUUUCAAAGAUAGGGCAUAGAUCUGCACAGAAUUUGCAUAUGAUUUGUGUCACAUGCAAAUUUGUGUCCUUUUUGUAGGUGGAGUGCUCAAAAAAUAAAUAGGUGUCCAUAAAAAUAAGAAAAGGCACACAGAAUGUGACUAGGUAAAGCUUUUCCCUUCAUAUUAUUUCCAUACUAGAAAAUAUUUAACCUGUUGAACUAUUCUGCCUGCCACGCAGCUAUUAAAGACACAAUAACCAUGCUUUCCCCCUAUGCCAACCCUAAACCAAAGCCUAGGUGGCAAUCCUAUAUUCACUUAACUGCAGAAUAAGCUCCAUUAAACCCAAAGACAUGUAAUCUAUAAAUUUCAAUGAAAGCA